GGGUACAGAGGUACUUGUUGAACGCUCACAGUGCCAGAACGUGGUUGGUGUGGCCGGCCUGAAUCGGGAUAGCGAAAAGCUCCUGCGAAACUUUCUAGAAGAGAUUGGCGAAUGAUGAUGGCAUCUGGGGUUUAUGGCAGUCGCUACCUAUCGGGUGAUGUGAUAUAUAGAGCCCCUCCCCCAGGACCCUGAUACUGCUCAUUCAUCAUCACACAACUCCACAUCUACUGUCACUCAUAGCUUCUGUGAAGCUUGAUACUACUAUUACUACCUUCUUGAUUUGAUACCCCAUUCUUAUAUCAAACUUCAACUACAACCGCCAUCAUGUCUCCCUCCGUCCAAGAGAACGAGGUUCCUCUCACUCAGACCAAGUCCAACACCCAGGUCCCAAUCCCCGUUGACAACGAAGAUGGCACUGAGAACGCUGUCGAAGUACCAGCAACCCGAAGUGCCAUGGCCGACACCACUAGCUACAUGCACAACCUCUCUCUCCAGCCUUCCAUGAAGGAGAGGAGAGGAUCCCGCAACUCCUUCGGUACCUCAUUGCCCAUCCCUCGUUCCAAGAGGCAAUCACGUCUCUCAUCCGUUCACUACCCCGAUGGCCGUGGUGCUGCUGUCCGCCCUGGCAUGCCCCCGAUCCAGCCAUCCCGCGACAUCAUCGCUGCUCAGCUCCAGGACCUCGCUGGCGAGAAGGUUCGCGCCGCUAAGGACAUGGCCUUCGUCUUCGACAUUGACGGUGUCCUCGUCCACGGUGACCGUCUCAUCCCCGAGGGUCAGCGCGUCCUCGAGAUCUUGAACGGAGACAACGAGCUCGGCAUCAAGAUCCCCCACAUCUUCCUCACCAACGGAUCUGGUAAGCCUGAGCAAGCCCGUGUCGACCAGCUCUCCAAGAUUCUCCACAACCCCAUCUCGACCGAGCAGUUCAUCCAGUCGCACACUCCCAUGCGUGCCUUGGCCGAGUACUACAAGACCGUCCUCGUUGUCGGUGGAGAGGGCUACAAGUGCCGUGAGGUCGCUGAGCAAUACGGCUUCCAAGACAUUGUUGUCCCCAACGACAUCAUUGCCUGGGACCCUACCAUCGCCCCUUACCGUGUCUUCACCGAUGAGGAGCGCGCGACUUCCCGCCCUCGCGACUUCAGCCAGGUCAACAUUGAAGCCAUCAUGGUCUUCUCUGACAGCCGCGACUACGCCACCGACAUCCAGAUCAUCAUGGACCUUCUCCAGUCUAAGAACGGCAAGUUCGGAACCCGUGCUGCGGACCCCGUCUCCGAGCGCAUCCCCAUCUACUUCUCUCAGGGUGACAUGCUGUGCCCUACUGAGCACCCCUUCCCCCGUAUGUCCCAGGGAGCCUUCCGCAUUGGUCUCGAGGCCAUGUACAAGUCGCUCACCGGUGUUGAACUCGAGCGUGUUGUCUACGGUAAGCCCGAAUUGGCUACCUACAAGUACGCCGACGAGGUCAUCGCUUCCUGGAUGGAGACUAUCCACAACGACGAGAAGCUGCCCGCCAACAUCUACAUGAUUGGUGACAACCCUGCUUCCGAUAUCGUCGGUGGUAACAUGUACGGCUGGAACACUUGCCUUGUCCGCACUGGUGUCUUCCAGGGUGGUGACAACGACGAGAACAACCCUGCUUCCUUCGGUGUCUUCAAGAACGUCUUCGAGGCUGUCACCACUGCCAUGAAGAAGGAGCUUGGCCAGGACUUCAAGUUCAACUUUGACGAGAAGAUCAACCCUGUCAUGGCUGAGGGUGGCUCUUCUGCCAUCGCUUAAGCGUUGAUUGGGAACAUCAAACGAUUGAUACGAAGGACUUUCUUUCCUUUGUUGUAGAUAAGCAUUUCUCUGGCGUUUAUGGGUUUUAUAUCCUUGCAUAGCGAAGCUAGCACCACUUUAUAGAUUUUACGAACAAUUGAGUCCACGGAUUCUUGGUUUCUUUAUAGAUUACGAUGAAUUCUAAAAGUCUUCUACCUCUUUACAUCAUCGCU